AUGACAACACUUGCGGAGAAGAGGAGUCUAGCGCUUGCAAAAGCGCAAGCAUUUGUCAGAAAGAGAAAAGCAGAGGCACCAGCGAAAAGUGAAAAUGGUGGAGAAAAUGAGGCGAAUCCCGAGGACGAUAAUCCCAUCCGUCCUAGUUCGUUUGGACUCCGGCCUCACUUUUCAAAGGUGAAUAUCAAUUGUGAUAAGUGGUACCAAACGAUGGACGAAAAGGCUCGGCUACUCCUUCAAGAUCCACCGUCGUUAGCGGAUGGCAUGGACAGAGAAACUGAAAAGCACACCGUGAUGGCGUGCUUGCUCCUUGCCUCAAAAAUUGAGGAAGAGCCUCGUCGAACCAGGGAUGUAUACAAUACUUUCUAUCGUUUAGAACAGCUUCACAAGCUGAGGGAAUCAGGAAGAGCAAUUAAC